UGCAGUCUGCUUACCCUGCAUGCCAGGAAACAGCAGAGAUGAAGGAGCUAUGGAUUAUGGCUGUCUUUGCUACAGUCUCUUUGCCACACAGGGAUCUCACCACAUGCUCUGCCAUUCCAACCACCAUUGACAUAACUUCUCCAAAUACUACUUCCCCUUUAACCCCUCCAACUGCUGCUAGCCCUUUAACCCCUGAACCUUCAGCUAGUGCCCCUUCAACUACUGACACUCCAACGACUAACACUCCAACUAAUGACACCCUAACUACCAACACUCUAACUGACGGUCAAAUUACAGGCACUACAACUACUGACAUGCCAACUACAGACACUCCAACCACCGACACUCCAACUACUGACAUUCCAACUGACGGUCCAACUACCGACACUCCAACUACUUACACUCCAACUACCAACACUCCAACUGGCGGUCCAACUACCGACACUCCAACUACUGACAUGCCAACUACCGACACUGCAACUACCGACACUGCAACUACCGACACUCCAACUACCAACACUCCAACUACCGACAUUCCAACUACCGACACCCCAACUACCGACACUCCAACUACUGAAUACCCUGCAGCUACUACUGGUCCUCCAACUACUGGUUACCUAAAUACUACUGGUCCUCCAACUACUGGUUACCUAAAUACUACUGGUCCUCCAACUACUGGUUACCUAAAUACUACUGGUCCUCCAACUACUGGUUACCUAUAUACUACAGGUCCUCCAACUACUGGUUACCUAAAUACUACUGGUCCUCCAACUACUGGUUACCUAAAUACUACUGGUCCUCCAACUACUGGUUACCUAAAUACUACUGGUCCUCCAACUACUGGUUACCUAAAUACUACUGGUCCUCCAACUACUGGUUACCUAAAUACUACUGGUCCUCCAACUACUGGUUACCUAAAUACUACUGGUCCUCCAACUACUGGUUACCUAUAUACUACUGGUCCUCCAACUACUGGUUACCUAAAUACUACUGGUCCUCCAACUACUGGUUACCUAAAUACUACUGGUCCUCCAACUACUGGUUACCUAAAUACUACUGGUCCUCCAACUACUGGUUACCUAAAUACUACUGGUCCUCCAACUACUGGUUACCUAAAUACUACUGGUCCUCCAACUACUGGUUACCUAAAUACUACUGGUCCUCCAACUACUGGUUACCCUACCGCUAUCCCUAUCACCAGUACCACUCUCCCCACCACCUCUACCUCUACCCCCACCUCUACCCCCACCACCUCUCCCACCACAACCCCUCCUCUGAUCUGUAUCAACGGUGGUGAACUGCAGAAUGGAGUCUGUAUCUGUCCUGAUGAGUGGACCGGAGAGACUUGUUCAAAGGGGAAUUUCUGCAAUUCCACCAUCAAGGAUGGGUUCUCCUUCCCAAGAACAACGGUUGGCUGGUCUGCUUAUUCAGAACAAUUGUGUGGUGAGGAGACAACCAGUGCCGGUUUACCAGAAGCCUCAGCAAGAUGUUUGAAUGACACUGGAUCUCCGAUGUUUGGUACUCCUCACAAGCUGCAGUGUGAAUUGACCCUCAGUGGCAUUCAAGGAAAUAUCUCCAGCAGUUCAGGUGAUUUAGCACAGCUAGCCUUCAGUACUCAGAUCCUGACCUCCCAACCAGAGCGGCUAUCAGCUGACAACAUCACCACAGCAGCUCAGAUAGCUAACACUCUGCUUCAGUCUGUAAAUAUCACAGAGGACAUCGCAGUGGCAGCUGUAACUACCAUCAGUCAGCUGCUGAAUGCCAGUGGGGAGACUACACAGGAGAGUGAUGCUGUCCAGAGCCUCACGGAGACCCUGGAGAAGUUUUCCCUGGACCAGCACAGUAACGUGUCCUUGGUGGUUCAGCCCAACCUGGCAGUCCAGUCUGUCCAAGUACCAAGUGACACAGUAGGGAUCCAGUUUAGUGCUCUGACUGGAAGAUCUGGUAAUUUUGUGGCCAACAGAAUUCAUCUCAACACCAAUACCUCUGAACUGAUAGCUGACAAAGGAGGUGCUACCGAUGUCCAGAUUGUCAUAAAAUUCUCACCAGUUUUACGUAGUAAAAACACAAACAACUCCCUUGGUUUUGUGCUCUACCAAAACGACCGGUUCUUCAGGUCCAGGACUUUCAGAGCUUCUUCAGGAACCAGCAGAAGGGUCAUCUCUGCUAACCUGGGACAAGUGUCUGGGUUACAUGUUGAGAUGCUCUUCAAGCCUACAGCUGUCCCCAACGCCUCCCUCUAUGACUUUGCCUGCGUGUGGUGGAACUACACGUUGAAAGACUGGAGCACCUCUGGCUGCUCCAAAGUCAACCACUCAGAAGAUGGCCUGCGAUGUUUCUGUAAUCACACCACUAACUUCGCUGUGCUUAUGUCGUUUAGGAAGGAUUUUAAAUAUGCUCAAGUGCUAAACUGGAUCACCAUAUUGGGAUGCUCCAUGUCCAUCAUAGGGUUGAGUUUAACAAUAACAUUCCAGAUCGCAACCAGGAAAUCACGCAAAACCAACCCAACUGUCCUCUUAGUGAGCGUCUGCGUGUGUCUCCUGAUCUUCACCCUCCUCUUCGUGUUGGGAGUGGACAACCCUCAUAAACAGCUGGAGAAACCUGAAAUACAAGAGGCCAACAUUCUCCCCCCGUCCGACACACACACAGAGCGGGACAGAGGCCCCUGUACUGCAGUCGCAGUCCUGCUGCAGUACUUCCUGUUGGGGACGUUCACCUGGAACACGCUGUACGCCACACAUGUCUUCCUGAUGAUCAGAAACAGCCUGGCCACCAGCCCGUCACACUCCACAGCCUAUACCGUGGCCAUCGGAUGGGGACUGCCUGCGGUUGUGGUGGCCCUCACCUUAGGAAUUAGUUACAGAGUGGAUGAUCCACUGGGUUACAGGCAGGAGGAAUUUUGCUGGCUUGCUGCCCUUGAUCCAAAGGGGAACUUUGACUUCAAGCUGCCAAUGUUUUGGGGGUUCCUGAUCCCUGUGGCGUUCAUGCUUAUCUUCAACAUGGUGGUGUUGGUAUUUUUUGCAGUUACAACAGGCAAGACCAACCCACAUAUAACCAGUACAAGACACACAUCGAUGAAGAAGAAGUUCCUCAGUAGCUUUUCUCUGGCUGUGGUGCUCGGUCUCUCCUGGAUCCUGGGCUAUCUGUUGCUCAUUACACAGAACCAGACCAUGUACACCAUACUCAACAUCUCCUUCUGUGUACUCACCACCACUCAGGGCUUGCAGAUUUUCAUUCUGUUCACAGCAAGAACAGCAAUUGUCAAGAAAAUGAUGGCAGAUGCUUUGAAAUCUGUCUCUAGCGUUGGGAUCCCGCUGCACACCAAGAGGUUCAGUCUAUGGCGAGUCAAGCGCAGAGAAAAAGUAGAAUCAUACACACAGCUGGACACUAUUCCAUCAACCAAUUAACCCUUUAACUGGCACAGAUUAUUUUUUUUUUAUGCACAAUUAGUACUGAAAAUGUGUGAUUGAGGUUCAGUUUUGCUCACGUUCACAUCCUGGUUUUUAACCAUCUUUGAAUGUGUGUUUAAAAAGAUGGCAUGAUAAAAUAUGCAAAACAAAAUUCACAUUUAAUUUCAUUUUAAUUUGGUAGUCAACCGCUCAGUUGAGCUGCCUCUUAAAGGGUUGAUCUCCACCUUGUUACACACAGAUUGUAUAAAGCAUCUAAUUGAUUGGCUGUAAGUUCAAUCUCUGUUGUACAAUAUCUCAUAGACCUCCAUUAUUGCCUAUAAUAAUACACACACCAUUUAUAUGUAUCAAAAGAAAAUUUGGGCUAUGCACAUGUUUGUAAAUACAUUAUGUACAUAUGUUCUUUAUGAAAGUUGACUGUUUUUAAUAAAUGUGAUUA